CUAUAAUAAAUGUAUGUGUCACAUUUUCACUCUAUUAGCAUCCUCAUCACAAUCAGAGAGAGAGAGAGAGAGAGAGAGAUCAUCUUCUUCACCAGUUCUGUGAAAUCAAAUGGUCGUUUUCUCUGUGAAACCCUUAUUCAGUAUUCUUGUCGUCUCGCUUUUUAUCCUUCUCCUUUUGGCUUUGCUAUCGCCUCCUUCCUUUUUCACCCAAAAUCGGAUUUCUGCGGAACCCUCACUGUAUGUUUACACGAUUUCAGGGGAGGUGGAUAUAUGGAGUGUUCGGAGACUCGUGGAAUGGAAACCUUGCAAUUGGUGGCUACAAGGGCAUCAAACAUCUCUACCAUUAGAAACCAAUGGAUAUAUCAGAGUGGAUUGCUAUGGGGGCCUCAAUCAGAUGCGAAGAGAUUUCUGUGAUGGUGUGGGCAUUGCUCGACUGUUAAAUGCAACCCUUGUCCUGCCAAAGUUUGAAGUAGCUUCGUAUUGGAAUGAAACAAGCGGUUUUGCAGAUGUAUUUGAUGUGGACUACUUCAUUCAACAUAUGAAUGGCUUUGUUAAAGUCGUCAAAAAGUUACCACCAGAGAUUGCAUCAAAAGAACCUGUUCAAGUGGACUGUAGCAAACGGAAAGGCCAAUUUGAUUACGUUGAAAGUGUUCUUCCAAAUCUGUUGAAACACAGAUAUAUUUCAAUCACACCAGCAAUGUCCCAAAGAAGGGACAGAUACCCUUUGUAUGCAAAAGCUGCUCUCUGUCAAGCUUGUUACAAGGCAUUACGUCUCACAAGAUCCCUGGAAAUGAAAGCCUCUAAACUUCUAGAUGCAAUACCUAAACCCUUUUUGUCUCUUCAUCUUCGUUUUGAGCCUGACAUGGUUGCAUACAGCCAAUGCGAGUACGCAGGCCUUUCUCCUGCUUCCAUCAAAGCCAUAGAAGCAGCACAGGUGGAUAGAAAACCAUGGACCGGAGAGUUAGCCCGCGUUUGGAGACAACGGGGGAAGUGUCCUCUUACACCUAAUGAGACAGCUUUAAUACUUGAAGCUCUAUCCAUCUCACCAACCACGAAUAUAUACCUGGCUGCUGGAGAUGGUCUGAUGGAAAUUGAAGGUUUAACAGCUACAUACACUAACAUAGUUACUAAGUCUAGCCUUCUCAGUGGUGAAGACUUCACAAGCAUGCAUGGAAAUACAAAAGCUGCUUUGGAUUAUUAUGUUUCAAUCAAUAGUGAUUCUUAUAUAGCUACAUAUUUUGGGAACAUGGAUAAGAUGGUUGCAGCAAUGAGAGCUUUCAAGGGGUUGUACAAAACUCUAUUUUUGAGCAGGAGAGGGUUUGCAGAAUUAACCUCGCAGGGUCUUAGGGGAAAGGAAUUGAUGCAAGCCCUAUGGAAGCUUCACAGAGAUGAUUUUUCCAUGGGAAGAGGCUCUGCUCUGCCUGAUUGUUUUUGCGAAUUCAAGUUGUGAUAUUUCGGAUUCAUCACUUUUUACUUUUGGCAUAUUAAUUUAACUAGUUCAAUCAGUGAUUCACUUUUUAGGAAGGCACUCCUUGACUUCUGUCAGUUUUUUUUUUGUUCUUUUGUAUUGAUUUUUUUAUCAAUCCUAUCACUAAUGAAUGUUGGAAUUUAGUGUAAGAACUUUAGUGAUCAUACAAUUGGAGAUACCCAUCCUAUUGUUGACCGAACUUCUGUCAAUUUUACGUAUUUUUCCUAAUAUCAUCACACAAUGUAAUUAAACUCCGCCCGGUGAUCGACCUGGACUAUUGGAUUAUUGGUUCAA